UUGAAGAAUGCUUCUUGUUACAGAUUUCGCACCACUCAUGCUCCACCUGGUGACACAUUAGUACAUCGUGGUGACAUCCUUACUGGCUUGCAUUUCAUAGCACGAGAAUUAUCGAUUGCGUCUAUAGGGAAAGAUGACAUAUUUGGUGAGAAUCCAUUACUGUAUGAAGAAGUCGGCAAGUCAUCAUGUAAUGUCAGAGCGCUAACCUAUUGUGACCUGCACAAAAUUCUUAGAGACGAUCUGCUUGACGUUUUGGAUAUGUAUCCAGAAUUUGCGGAAAAUUUUUGUAAAAAUCUGAUUAUCACUUACAAUUUGCGUGAUGAAUCGCAAUCCACAAGAAAACGCUUUGAUCGUCACAAACUGCUGAGAAUGUCAUCAUCGUUAAACAAAGAUCGAUACGGUACGCCCAUCGAUGAUACUUCUGAACAACGACAACGGCGGAGUGGAACAGAUUCGGUGUCCAGAUCGGAUUCAAACCCGAUUGAUCGUCGACAAUCUGGUGGGUCUCGUGGUGAGUGA